AUGGGAUUGGGUAUUAUCCAAUUGAUUAUUCAUGAUUGGUCCAAGUUUUCACCUUCCGAAUGGUUUGGCUAUUUACAAUUUAAUAAUUUGGCGACAAGCAAUAAUGAAGAUUUGAAGGAGUAUUGCUUUCUGCAUCAUCAAAAUAGAAAUCCUCACCACUUUGAAUAUUGGAUUACAUGUGAUCGAUCGAAUGGUGCCAUCAAAUCACUGAGAAUGCCAAUAUGUUAUGUUACUGAAAUGGUUGUUGAUUGGAUUGCUGCAAAUAGAGCCUACAAUUCCUCACAAGAAUUAUUGAAUCAAGAGAGACAAAUGGAAUUUCUUAGAAAGAAUAAGAAUAAUAUUCAUCCAGAAACAAGAAAAGAUAUUCGAAAGGAAAUUAUUAGAUUGGGAACUGUUUUUAAACAAUUCAAAAUGGAACAAGAAUUUUCAAACUUUUUAGAAAAUGAAUUUCAACAAUAA